AUGGCCGCAGAAGAGGGACAGGUUAUCGGCUGCCACUCGCUUGAUCAGUGGAAGGAGAACUUCAACAAGGGUAUCGAGACCAAGAAAUUGGUGGUGGUCGAUUUCACAGCUUCGUGGUGUGGGCCCUGCCGAUUUAUUUCCCCAAUUUUGGCUGAGAUUGCCAAGAAGACUCCACAUGUUAUAUUCUUGAAGGUGGAUGUGGAUGAAGUGAAGGAUGUUGCUAAAGAGUACAAUGUCGAGGCCAUGCCCACAUUCGUGUUUCUCAAGGAUGGGAAAGAAGUGGAUAGGCUUGUGGGUGCGAGGAAGGAAGAUUUGCAGGCUACAAUUACCAAGCACGCUACUGUUACUGCUUGA